CAGUUUCUUUUCACCCACGAAGGUUUUAUCGUUUUGUUGUUCGCAGCCUUGGCACCCAAAUCAUCGCAGUUUUGCAAUAUAGUUUCCCCCUUUUAUUUCCCUUGUACGAAGAAACAACAUUGAAAACCCUAACCCUAGCCACAUCUUCACCCAAAUCUUUAAUUAUUUGCGCUUUUCUCAUCAAAAUUCAUCAAAUCAUCGGAAUCGAUGGCAGCUAAACCGCUUACAAGUGAAGCAAUCGCUCUGACAGAAAAGAAGAUGGACAUGACAUUGGAUGAUAUCAUUAGAAUGUCAAAAACUAGUUCAAAUAAAACCAAGAAGCAGCAAAGGGUACUGAAUAAAGGUCAGAAACCUUUUAAUAAUGCUGCUAAAGCAAAGGCUUUGAAGGUUCAACAGUAUAUGGAUUCGCGGUCCUCUGUCAGACAGGGAUUUCUAGCUCAAAGAAGAUCAAACAUCCCGGGGAAUCAAUUUCCUUUGGCAGCUGAGGCUGCACGCAGGGCUGCAGUUGCCCCAGUUCGAAUUAAGAAUGUAAAUGGUGUCAGGGUGGCUAAUUUGAACAAACCUAGGACUGGAGUACCACCUGUUCAGAGGAGGGCUAAGAAUGGAGGUUUUGCAGCAAAGCCACGCCAGCACCAGCCGCAACAGCAACAAGGAGGGAAUGUUGUUACAAAGCAAAGGCCUCAUACACUGGAUUCGUUGUUUGCCAAUAUGAAAAAAGAGCGAAUGAAUGGUCCUGCACAACGUAACGGCAGCAGUCGACAAAGAAUGCCAUGGAGAAGAGGCCGAUUUGGCAACUGAUGGUGUUGUGAGACGAAGCAUUCCCUCUGCUGCUGGACAAGCUGUCUCGUCUUUUUUGGGCGAUGCAUGUUUUUCUUACUUUCGCCAUCAAAAUAAACUCGCUUAUUCGAGCAUUUUACGUGAGAAAGUGACAUUUCAGUUGUAUAGUGAUUUUCCUUCGUUUUCUAUUGGCUCGUGGACUGUACCCCUUGAGAAUUGAUACAAAUAGGGUUGUUCAUUUUGUUAAUUCAGUUAAAAUUUUAACCUA